CGCGAUUUUGUAGGGAGAUUUGUAUAGCUUUUUAGAAAACUCAGAUUUUCUCGACGUCGACGGGCCUAUGGUCGAAAUCCUGCGAUUUGAUUGGCCCGUUUGUCGAUUACAUGGAAUUUCCGCCGAUCUCACGCGAAUGCCAUUCGACAAACCAGGGCGACGAUGGCACGCGACCAUGGGCUGAGUUCUUCCGCGCCGCCGACGACGUCCCCAUUGCGGCGGCGCAUGCACGACACGAACAAUCCGUUCUACCACAAGUCGCCGGAUGAGACCCGUCGCCGCGAAAUCAACUUGGACAUGCUGAAGAAACUCGCGCAAGACACGACAGCCACAUUUUCCGACGACGAAAGCGACGGCGUCACGAGCGAUGAUGACGACGAAGACGACGACGAAGAUAUCGAUACAUUGGACACGGUGCUCGUACCAACAAUCCACAUCCGCAUUCCAGAUCCUUGUAAAGCGCCACCUCCACCUGCAUUGUUGGCGAUCCAGACACCCCCCGACAAAUCUGCGAGCCCCGACGUCGAUGCAACUUGGACACUCGUCGACAAGAGCCCGACCUUCGAGGAUGUCCGGUCGGGCAAGGCACAACUCGGCGACGAAUCGUGGAGUCCAUAGCGCGUAUCCACUCGAAUAUUUAGGAUAUCCAAUUGCCGCCACGGUGGAAUAAGUCGCCACCUCCGCCCGCUAAAUAUAGCUUGUUUAUCCUUUGGUGCA